CCUCUGUUGUCAUGACGCCAUCGAGCAAUGGCGGAAGUAGCGACGUUGCGUGAAAGCAGCUUGCGAGUCCCGACAUGAAAGUGAUUCACCACUCUCCAGACACCCUGCAAACAGCAUUGAUUUCCAAUUGCAAGGACUUGACUGAACUCUAUAAACAGUACACCAAAGAAGAAUGUCACCUUUUAGAGCAAGGACUGCAUCCAGGGCAUCCUGGUUCCGUUUUUCAACCUGUGACUGUUCAUUCAGACUCAGACUGGAUUCCCUCACAUCCUGAGAACCCUCAAGAUUUUGAGAGUUUUUAUAAAGAUCCUGACAGAAAGACCCCAAGUGCAAGCUGUGGCACGAUUUACAUUCAGACCAUAGGUUCUUUUGGCGAGGCCGGGCCCCAUACAGAGCAAUACGUGGAAUGGCUUCGAGAAUACUGCCAAGCAUUCUUCUAUGGGCUGCCUGUUUGUUGGUUACCAGCUGUCACAGUUGCACAAACAGGCUGCUCAUUCAGAAUUAACCAGAGCUCACAAAACCUUCAGCUGCUCACUGGUGACCUGCUUCAGUUUUUAUGCAAAAGGAAGCCAAAGGAUGCUUUUUGUGUGGUUGGAAUCACAAUGAUUGACCUGUACCCAAGAGACUCCUGGAAUUUUGUAUUUGGACAAGCGUCUCUUCAUAAGGGAAUUGGUGUUUUCAGCUUUGCCAGGUACGAUGACAACUUCUACAGCAAAAAUUAUUCAGGAAGGGUGAAGAAACAGUGUCAAGUAAAGCAGGGCGACUAUUCCGCCUUUGACGGCCAUUACACUCCCCCUAUCACCAGCACUCUGCUGUUACGAUCUUGCAAGACGAUGACGCAUGAAAUCGGCCAUAUGUUUGGAAUGAGGCACUGCCAGUGGCUGAGCUGUGUCAUGCAAGGCUCCAAUCACCUGGAGGAGUCCGACCGACGCCCGUUGGAGCUCUGUCCCAUCUGUUUACGCAAACUUCAGACCUCAGCGGGCUUUAACAUAGCCGAGCGAUACGAGGCCUUACUGCACUGGAUGGAAGAGGAGCCAAGGUCACCGACGACGGUGACCUCCUUUCCCAAACCUACUGAAGCUUUUCAUACGGCCAAACUGUGGUUGAAGAAGUGCCAAGAUAUACUGAGCGUCACCAAACGACUUCAUCACAAAAUGCCGGCGGGAGUGACGCCGCUGCUUUUUUGUGCGAUGCUGGCCGGCCUGUAUUUCCACCUGAUGUCAGAGCGGGGAUCAGGGGUUCCGAAACCCAAGAAGAAGCCCAACUUCAUUCUCAUCCUGGCUGAUGAUUUAGGCUGGGCUGACUUGGAUGUGAACCUGCCUGAGCAGAAGGCCAAUAAUACGCCUAAUCUUAACCUGAUGGCCCAGCAAGGAUUAAGAUUUUUAGACUUCCACUCUCCGGCCUCAACCUGCUCGCCAUCCCGGGCUUCCAUCCUGACCGGCCGCUACGGACUCAGGAAUGGGGUCACUCACAAUUUUGCCGUGGGCUCUGUUGGCGGUCUGCCUCUGUCCGAAAUCACUUUGCCUCAGCUCCUGCAGCGGGCGGGUUACUAUACUGCCAUGAUCGGGAAAUGGCAUCUGGGCCAUAAUGGACCAUAUGGCCCGACAAAAAGAGGAGGUUUCGACUACUACUUUGGAAUUCCUUACAGCAACGAUAUGGGAUGCACUGACAACCCUGGAUAUGAUCUUCCACAGUGCCUCGCUUGUGACUCAUCUGACCCACAAAAAGCGAGGAGCUGCUAUUCCAAAGUGGGCCUUCCUCUGAUUGAAAACAGCAGUAUUCUGGAGCAACCACUCGACCUGUGGACGCUUACGCAACAGUACCAGUCUGCCGCUCUCAGAGCGAUACAUCACGCCAGAGAGCAAGGACAGCCGUAUUUUCUUUAUAUAGCUCUCGCUCACAUGCACGUACCUUUGGCCCCACCACUUAAACCCGCCAGCCGAGUGUACGCCGCCAGCCUCCAAGAAAUGGAUCGCCUGGUGGGGACCAUCCGAAGUGCUUCGGACGCAGAUGAUACACUCAUCUGGUUCACCAGUGACAACGGUCCUUGGGAGCAGAAAUGUCAGUACGCAGGAAGUCCGGGACCUUUUCAAGGAAAAUGGCAGACUCGAAGAGGUGGGGGCUCAGCUAAGAAGACCACAUGGGAAGGAGGCCACCGGGUGCCAUCUUUGGCCUACUGGCCCGGCGUGAUCCCCACAAACGCCACCAGUGGGGCGCUGCUGAGUGGAAUGGACAUUUUCCCAACGCUCCUAUCACUGGCAGGAGUGACGCCACCUUCUGACCGGCGCUACGAUGGCAUCGACGUGACAAAUACCCUCCUGCACGGCGGCGUGCAAACUGGUCACACGGUCCUCUUCCACCCUAACGGUGGCGCGGCAGGGCGGCUAGGUGACUUGCAGACAGUGCGGGUUGGGAAAUACAAAGCUUUCUACCUAACCGGUUCAGCCAAAGCGUGCAACGGUGAUAUCGGAACGCAGGAGUUCCACGACCCGCCGUUGAUAUUUGAUUUAGAGCGUGACCCGGCCGAGGAAACGCCCUUAAAGGUCGGAACACGUGAAUACCAAACCACAGCGGAAAAAGUGGCUCUCUGGAGGGAGAGGUUAUUAUGGGACAUCGCCACCGACCCGUCCGUGUCCGUGGCCGACUACACGACGGACGAUUCGGCCUGGCCUUGCUGCGAAGCGACGCGGCCGGUUUGCCGUUGUCUCUCUCUGGGUUGACAUCGAGAACAUUUCGAGGAUGAUGAAAUGUGUGUUGAGAAGCUUGUGCUGUUUGGUAGGUACAAUGUCCAGGCGCGAUGAGGAGGGGUGUAAAUAAACAAACAAAAAGAGCAAAGAGAGAGGCCUGUGUGAUCAAUAAGGUAAAGAGAAAAUAUUUGCUCAGCAUUUAUUGGCCUUUCAGAACAUUUGCAAAACAAAAACACAUUUUCUUAUCUCCUCAAGGUCUUUGUUUUUUCUUCACCGCUCAGAAAUAACACAUAACCUUCAGGUGAAUUGAUUCUCACUCUUUAUUGUUUCUUCAUUGUCUGUAUACAAUAGCUGAAGGUGUCCCAACAGCGCCACUUUUUGGCAAAAUUCAAUAUCAUCUGUAAGCACGACUCACAAAAAGUCUCUAACUUCUGUAUGGUAUAUACACAUUUUACAUCAAAUUAAAAAAAAAUCUUUAAAAUAUGCAUGGUCAUUUUGCGUUAUUGUAGAAUAAAAAUAACCAUCUUGAAAUUCAAGGACCCGUCCGUCCUUUUGUUGUGUUGAUUAAGCGAUUCACAUUUAACCAUUGGCUCCUUCAUGUGAGAAAUUCUCAUUUUACAUACCGGAGAAUCUUUUAAGUGUCUCUGCUUUCAUAUCACAGUUGCAUCCUUAAGUUAUACAAUAUUUCAAAGAUUGAAAUGUGCUUAUUUGAAACGGCGAGGCUUUUGUUAAUUCAAAAUGCCCGUACGGAAGCGAAUACAAACAAACAACGCGUGUCAAACAUCCAAACUCUUGCAGACUUCAACUGGAACAAUUAGAUAAUUUGCAAGAAGCCUUUUGCGUAGAAAUAUUAUUAAAAAAAAAAAAAAUCAACAACCGCCAGUGAGAAGAUUUUCAGACACAUCCUUUGGUUUUGU